CCUGCUGCCCCUCCUCGCUGGGCUAGUCUGUACCCCCUCCGCUGCGUCUGUAUUUCAGCCGGCGGCUGCCAAGUCAAGUCUUCAUUCAUUCAAUCGCUGCUUCUCGGUGCUAGUGAGCCCGCUGGCCGGUCGCCCCCUCCAGGAAUACACAGCGACUACAAGAAAAGAAAAGCACGCUACACUCAACCAUUUUAACAAGCAGCGGUCACCGAUACAAGAAGCUCAACGAUCGAGAAGCAGCAACCCCGCAAUUGCUACCCCGGCUUCGCUUCACGCAUUUAUGAGGAACACCAGUAGCCGGCGACGUUAGACUUUCCGAAACAGCGACAGAAACGCUCAGAUAAACCAUGACAGACGAGGAUGUUGUCAUCACCGGCUUCUCAGCCUACUUCCCGCAAGCAGACCACCUUGCCGAGUUCAAGGAGAAGCUGUACGCCGGUGUCGAUUUAGUCACAGACGAAGAAACCAGAUGGCCUCGAGGUCUUCUGGGUCUUCCGGAGCGACAGGGCAAGAUCCGCGACCUGUCACACUUCGACGCCCAGUUCUUCGGCGUCCACCCGAAGCAAGCGCACGUGAUGGAUCCGCAGCUGCGGCUUUUUCUUGAGACGUCAUACGAGGCGAUUGUCGAUGCCGGAUACGACCCAGCCACACUGCGUGGGCGCAAUAUCGGUGUCUUCAUCGGCUCCUCAGAGUCUGAGACGGAUGAAGCGUUCAACGUGGACACAGACAAGAUCGACGGAUACGCGCUGGUCGGCUGCUGCAGGGCCAUGUUCUCUAACCGCAUCUCCUACUCGCUUGACUUCCACGGCCCGAGCUUCACCAUCGACACGGCAUGUUCGUCGACGAUGACGGCCCUGAACCAGGCCAUGCUGGCGCUUCGUACCGGACAGUGUGAUGCGGCUAUUGUGGGCGGUAGCACGCUCACUCUGAAGCCCACCACGUCGCUCAACUUCUUCCGCCUGGGCAUGCUUUCCCCAGAUGGCAUGUGCAAGGCGUUCGACUCGGAUGGAAAAGGGUACGUCCGGAGUGAAACUGUUGGAGUCUUUUUCCUUCAACGAGUUUCGGAGGCCCGCCGCAUCUACGCAAAGAUGAUUCACAUCAAGGCCAACGCGGACGGUUUUAAGAAUGAAGGCAUCACAUUCCCGUCGGGCAAGGUCCAAGAGCAGCUUCUGCGGGAGGUGUACACCGAAGCUAAGAUCGAUCCGUGCAAAGUGGGCUAUGUCGAGGCCCAUGGCACCGGCACCAAGGUCGGCGACCCGCAGGAGUUGGGUGCCAUCAGCAACGUUUUCUGUGGUCCCGGCCGCGAGAAGCCACUCAAGAUCGGCUCUGUCAAGAGUAACAUGGGCCACUCCGAGGGCGCCUCUGGCGUUUGCUCGAUAGCCAAGGUGAUCCUCGCCAUGGAGACCGGCACCAUUGCCGCCAACCUGCACUUCAAGGAGGCCAAUCCCAACAUUCCGUCGCUGCACGAUGGCACCAUCGAGGUCGUGCACAAGCCGUCCCCGUUCCCCGGUGGCCUGGUGGGCAUCAACUCGUUUGGCUUUGGCGGCGCCAACGUUCACACCAUCAUGGAGGCCAACCCGGGUCCCCACGUGGACAGCCUGCCUCGCGAGAAGCCCGAGCUGCCCAGGCUGGUCCUCAUGGCAGGCAGGCAGAAAGAAUCUCUGGAGCGCACACUAGACCGGGUCGAAGCUGAGGGCCCUUACCCGGACUCUGCGUACGCCCUCCUUAACAAGGUCGGCCAGCCCAGUACAAACCAGUUCCCAUACCGAGGCUUUGCUGUUGUCCCCGUUGACGGCUCGGGCAAGGAAGCCGUCAAGUUCGUCGAUCAGGUGCCGUUCGAGAAGCGGCCCCUGUGGUUUGUCUUCACCGGCAUGGGAUGCCAGUGGAACGGCAUGGCCCGCCAGAUGAUGCAGUUCGACAUUUUCGCCCGCUCCAUCCACAAGUCGCACGAGCUGCUCAAGCAGUUUGGCAUCGACCUCAUUGACCUGGUGACCAGCGACAACGCUGACAACCAGACCAUGGUGUCGCCGUUCGUCUCCAUUGCCGCCAUUCAGGUGGCGCUGGUCGACAUGCUUCGCGCUGUUGGUGUGCACCCGGACGGCAUUGUGGGCCACUCUGUCGGAGAGAUCGGGUGCGCCUACGCCGAUGGUGGCUUCACUGCGGAGCAGACGGUGCUGUGCGCCUACUGGCGAGGCCGCUGUGUAGAGCUGGGAAACCUGCCUAAAGGUGCCAUGGCUGCUGUUGGCCUGACGUGGGAGGAGGCCAGGAAGCGCUGCCCCGAAGGAGUGAUCCCGGCCUGCCACAAUGCCGAGGACUCCGUUACCGUGUCCGGUCCCGCCGAUGCCGUGGCCAAGAUGGUCGCCGAACUCAAGGCCGAGAACAUCUUUGCCCGCGAGGUGAACAGCCUGGACGUGGCCUUCCACAGCCCUCAGAUGCAGAGCAUCGGACCCUCACUUCGGCAGGCCUUGGAAAAGGUGGUGCCUCAGUCUAAGCUCCGCAGCGAUCGCUGGGUCAGCUCGUCCAUUCCCGAGAGCCGCUGGGGUGAGCCCAUUGUCAAGCGCUGCUCGGCCGAGUACCACGUCAACAACCUGCUUUCGCCCGUGCUCUUCCGUGAGGCUCUUCAGCACGUGCCUAGCGAUGCUAUCUUGAUCGAAAUCGCACCACACUGUCUGCUGCAGGCCAUUCUCCGGCGAGCGGUUGGCUCCGCCACCUGCCUGGGCCUCAUGAAGCGCAACGACGACAACCCCAAGUUCUUCCUCAACACUCUGGGCAAGCUGCAUGCCCUGGGAGUCCAGCUCGACCUGACGCCACUGUACCCGCCCGUGCCGUUCCCGGUGCCUCGCGGCACGCCCAGCAUCGGCCACCUGGUCAGCUGGGACCACUCGCAGCAGUGGACGGUGGUCACCUGGAACGACUUCAGCACCUCGGCGCAGGUUUCCGAGGAGAUCGUCGAGGUCGACCUCGAGGCCAACGAGGGCGACGCCUACCUGGCCGGUCACCAGUUGGACGGCCGCGUCCUGUUCCCCGCCACCGGCUACAUGGUGCUGGCCUGGAAGUCUCUGACCAAGCGCUCUGGCAAGCCAUACCACCAGGUGCCCGUUGUGUUUGAGGACGUGAUCCUUCACCGGGCCACCAUACUUCCCAAGAACGGCUCCGUUAAGUUCUUGGUCAACAUUAUGCGCGCCUCGGGCGAGUUUGAGGUGUGUGAGGCCGGCAUGGUGGCCGCGAGUGGCCGCAUCCGCAUGGCCGAGGAGGGCGAGAAGCUCUUGGAGAAGGAGCCGCCCGGCACGCCGGCCGAGACCGUGGCCUACGAGCUCGAGGCCGAGGACAUCUACAAGGAGCUCAGGCUGCGGGGCUACGAGUACACCGGAGCCUUUCAAGGAAUCAUCAAGGCCGACCUCACUAAGCCAUACGGCAAGCUAAAGUGGGAGGACAACUGGGUGACCUUCAUCGACACCAUGCUGCAGUUCAGCAUCCUGGGCAACCCUGUGCGAACCCUGAACCUGCCCGUCAGGAUCCAGUCGUGCCGCGUUGACCCCGGCGUUCAGGCCAAGGUUGCCGAGAAGGCCGGAGAUGCCGGCAUCGACAUAGUCUUCGACCGCUACCUCAACACGUGUCGCGCUGGCGGUGUCGCCCUGCGUGGCCUGAAGGCAAGCAUCGCCCCAAGACGCACCACCCAACAGUCGCCCUUCCUCGAGGAGUACCAGUUCGUGCCGUACACGGAUGACAACACCGCUCGCAAUGAGCGCGAGUCUUGCAUCCGCGAGUACGUUGAGGUAUGCUGCGGCGUCGCCCGGCGUGUCCUCGAGUCCUGUGGCAAGAACAAGGCACAGAUCUCUGACGUCAUGAACGGUUUCCGCGAAGCUCCCGAGCAGGUUCUUAACCGGUACCUGGAGAACCCCGGCGACAACCACGGCCUCCUCAAGGUGCUGGCUGCCAUCCAGAAGCAGGCCAACGGUUCGGCCGCAUCUCUGGUUGCUACCGUACAGUCAGCUCUGGCUGCCCACAAAGAGGACCUGGAGCGCGACUUCCUCAACACGGUGCUUUUCGAAGAGGACCCGUUGCGGUACCUCUUGGACGUCGUCGUCGAGAACACAAGCACCAAGAAGAUUCGUGUCCUCGAACUAGCCGGUGACGGCAGCACGGUGCUGGCGCCAUGGGUGACAGAACUGCUCAGAAUCUCCCACAUCCUGCUCAAAACCGACUACACCGUGGCUCACCCGGCUCCCGACACAAUCCUAGCUGAGCAGCUUCCAGAAGGAACGAAGACAGUUGUGUGGGACCCCACCUCGGCCGCCAAGAAUGGGCUUCCAGAAGCGGACCUCAUAGUCUUGCGUGGCGUUUCCGGCACAUCCGUUAAGAGUCCAGAAUCUCUGGCCGAGGAACUGUUCUCACAGUGCAAGGACAACGGCUUUGUCCUGCUGGCCCACCGCACUGCCCUCACUCCGGCCGAGAUGUUCCUGUCAACCGUUGGAAAGGUCCCACUCCGGGUCCAUGCCAGCAACGUCAUGGAGGCUGCGUUCCGUGCCCAUGGAUUCCACGUGGUCGGCCUCAAGUCCAACAACGUGUCCACGCUGCUCCUGCUGCGAAAGAUGGCACCUGUCGAUGCUGCCAAGCAGGAGGUGAUCAAGGUGAAGAACAUGGGCUACGAUUGGGUCGAGCCUCUCAAGACCAAGGCUGUUGAGUUUGAGAGCAAACCUGCUGGAGAGAACCUCUGGCUGCUCGCUGAGGAUGCAGGUGUCAGUGGAGUCGUAGGAUUAACUAACUGCCUUCGACAGGAAACCGGGAGCCACGUCAGGUGCAUCUUCAACGCGAGCGUCAAGGGAUCGAACAAGGUUGCUGACUUCAGCCCGAGCAAUCCGGCGUACAAGGAGAUACUGGAGAAGGACCUGGUCAUGAACGUCUACCGCGACGGACAGUGGGGUUCGUACAGGCACGUGGUGACACAAUCCAACGGAGCCCCGAAGACUGUCACGCCGUACGCAUUCCUGAAUGUGCAGACCCGAGGCGACCUGUCCAGUCUGCAGUGGUACGAAUCACCGCUGCGAUACGCAUCACCAUCCAGCACCGCGAGCGGCGUUCUGUGCAGCGUGUACUAUGCUCCACUGAACUUCCGAGACAUCAUGCUGGCUACCGGAAAGCUUCCGCCAGAUGCCUUGCCUGGCAACCUGGCUACCUCCGACUGCGUCCUCGGCCUGGAGUUCUCCGGCCGCGACCCCAAGGGUCGCAGGGUCAUGGGAGCAGUGUCUUCUGAGGGCAUGGCAACGGCGCUGGCCGCCGAUCCGGGCUUCCUGUGGGAGGUACCAGAGUCGUGGAGCCUCGAGGAGGCCUCCACGGUUCCGGUGGCCUACUCGACUGCCUACUACGCCCUCGUGGUCCGAGGCAACAUGAGGCCCGGGGAGUCCCUGCUGGUUCACUCCGGCAGCGGAGGUGUCGGACAGGCCGCCAUCUCGAUCGCCCUUUCCAUGGGCUGCACAGUCUUCACCACUUGUGGUUCCAAGGAGAAGCGAGAGUUUCUCAAGCGCCGCUUCCCGCAGCUCGAGGACCGCCACUUCGCAAACUCGCGCGAUCUCUCGUUCGAGGAGCACAUUUUGAUCGAGACAAAGGGAAGAGGCGUCGACCUUGUGCUCAACUCUCUGGCCGAGGAGAAGCUGCAGGCCAGUGUCCGGUGUCUGGCCACCCACGGCCGGUUCCUCGAGAUCGGCAAGUUCGAUCUCUCCAAGAACUCCCCGCUCGGCAUGUCCGUGUUCCUCAAGAACGUCACCUUCCACGGCAUUCUGCUGGAUGCUCUGUUCGGCGACGACCCCUUUGUGGCGGCCGACAAGCGCCGUGUGGCCGAGCUCGUUCGUGAGGGCAUUGCCUCGGGCGCAGUGCGGCCCCUGGACGCCAUCAAGUUCACGAGAGACCAGGCAGAAGAGGCGUUCCGGUUCAUGGCAUCUGGAAAGCACAUGGGCAAAGUGGUGCUGGAGGUCAGGCCGGAGGAGACGCCACGCAAGACGAUACCCGCCACACCGAUCACCGUAGAGGCCGUCGCGCGCACCUGUUUCUACGAGCACAAGUCGUACGUGAUCGCGGGCGGCCUCGGUGGUUUCGGUCUGGAGCUCGCCGACUGGAUGGUGCACCGCGGAUGCCGCAAGCUGGUGCUUAGCGCCCGAUCUGGCAUCCGGACGGGAUACCAGAAGCUGUGCCUCCACCGGUGGCAGCAGGUCGGCUGUAAGGUGGCAGUGAGCAAGGCCGACGCCUCGACUGAGAAGGGAGCCCGACAGAUCCUUGAAGAUGCCGUUAAGCUGGGACCUGUCGGCGGCAUCUUCAACUUGGCAGUGGUUCUUCGGGACGCACUGCUCGAGAACCAGACGGCCGAGGCCUAUGAGACCGUGUGCAAGCCCAAGGUCGACGGGACGCUGCGCCUCGACGAACUGUCACGGAAGAUGUGCCCGGAGCUGGACCACUUCGUUGUCUUUUCCUCCGUGUCCUGUGGGCGGGGCAACGCCGGGCAGACCAACUACGGCUACGCCAACUCGGUCAUGGAGCGGAUCUGCGAGCGAAGAGUUGCGGACGGCCUGCCUGGCUUGGCCAUCCAGUGGGGUGCCAUUGGUGACGUCGGUGUCCUCCAUGACACCAUGGGCGCCGACGUGGUUGUCGGCGGCACCCUGCCUCAGAAGAUAAGCUCGUGCAUGGCUGUCAUGGACCGGUUCCUUAGCCAGAGUCAUCCGGUAGUGUCGAGCUUGGUCAAGGCCGACCUCUCUGCCAAGUCCGACGGCAAGAACAAGCAAGACCUUGUACAGUCCAUCGCACACAUUCUCGGCGUAAAGGACCCCUCCAGCCUGAACCCGAACAUAAGCCUCGGCGAGUUGGGCAUGGACUCGCUCAUGGGUGUCGAGGUGAAGCAGACUAUCGAGCGGGACUAUGACGUCGCCCUGUCUAUGCAAGAGAUCCGGCAGCUCACCAUCAGCAGGCUGCGUGAGAUCAGUGGAGGAGCCAGCAGUGGUGGGUCGACAAAGUCUGACGGCACCGCAACACCUCCCGAGAGCGAAGAAUCUGCGGACGUGUCUGAAGUACCGCGGUUGACGCUCGUCAAGGAGCUAGUUCCCCACAGUAUCCUCCUUGAGAUGAACGGCCUGAAGGGCGCCUCGCCCGUCUUUGUUAUGCACCCGAUUGAGGGACACGUCAACGGCUUGAUGGAGGUGGCCAGUCACCUCCCUGUUCGUGCAGUUGGAGUGCAGCGGACGCCCGACAUUCCAGUGCGGUCCAUUGAAGAGAUGGCCGCUAUCUACAUCCAGAAACUCGCCGAGGUUCAGCCCAAGGGCCCCUACCACAUAGUUGGCUACUCCUUCGGUGCCACAGUAGCCUUCGAGAUCGCCGUGCAGCUGCAAGCGGCGGGAGCGUCCGUGGCCAGCCUGACCCUCCUGGACGGCGCGCCCCACUACAUGGCCGUGCACACGGCUCACCACAGGUCUCGCUUCACCGGCAGCAAGGACGAAGAGGAGUCCUGCCUCUUCUGCGCCUUCCUCAUGCAGUACCUGAACAUCGACUACAUCGAGGUACGGAAACAGAUGAACCAGUACCCGAACUGGGACGCCAAGCAGGAGGCGGCCACCGACAUCCUCCUCAAGGCGUACCCCAACGUGCACCCGAGCCGCCAGGACGUGGCGACGGCCACACGAGUCUUCUACGAGUUCCUCAAGGCCGGUUCCAACUACAAGCCGCAUGCCAAAUUCCACGGCGACGUCGUGCUCAUCAAGGCGUCCAGGCCACGAAAGAUGGCGAGCCAGCUCCCGUCCGACUACGGUCUCUCUGAGUGCUGCAACGGCAAGGUCGAAGUCAAGGAGGUCGAGGGACUCCACGAAAACUUCAUCCUCGGCGAAGGCGCGAAGAAGUGUGCGGCCAUCAUCAGUCACCAAGUGAAACACUGAACCGAGAAAAAGAAAAAAAAGCCCGGGAAAAGAAAAAAAAAAAACACCAACAACCACCCUCCACAUUUUGAAGAAGAAAUCCAGGUUACCCCCUCUCCCAUCUUCCUUAAAGACACAACCCCUUUCCCACCUAGACUGGCUGGACCAGGCUUUUUAGGGAACAAGUGUUUUGGCAGAAAAAAAAAAUGACGGAGCCAUUCCGAUGUGGACUGUACAGAGAAGUAAACGCAUUCCCAUCGAACGUGUGGACGAUUUGGACGUGAGCGUGCGAAAGUCCCGUCGAUCCCAUAACCAGCAGCUACCUGUGUAACCGUGGUGCUACCAGAGCUGGCCAGACGCUGCCACACCGUCGGCAACGACUGCACGUUUGAUACCAGGUUUUAAGGGAAAAAGAAAAAGUUCAUGUGCGAUGUCGCGGGAGAGUUGGUGCUACCAGUGUACGAGAAUCGCAGUGCAUUCCAUGAACACGAGAGCGCCAAAACAGUGAUAAACGUCUUUAGGAGUCGCCGGAAGUUGGAGAAGGUAGUUUGGAGAGAAUGAGAGAGGAACGGAACAAGAGUGCAAGAGAGAGUAUAUAUAUAUAUACACAUAUGCUCAUUGGUAACUGCCCGAAAAGUCGUGUUUGCCGUUCGUAAAACGAGACGAGACACGGAGUCGAGACAGUUGCGACACUUCACAGAUGCGCGCUUUCUCUGUCCUUCUAGGGAUUGCAUCUUUUUUUGUCUCCUGUUUUGUUGAUGUGACUUGUUUAUUUUCUCGUGUAAUCACAUGUACAGAGAGUGCAGCCUUUAAGGCAAAGAGGCUGCCGUGUAUUUAUGUAAUUGCCAUACCCGUGAUGGAAACCACAUCCAUGUUCCUUAUUGUGCUUGUUCUUUUUUGUUUCUAUUUUGGAACCUGAUAAUAAAAGACUUGUAUCAUGUGUCAUA